AUGGCCUUGGAGCUUCUUCGCAGGCUCACGGCCACCUUAUUGCAGCUCCGCGUGAAGUUGGAGAUGCCUGAUGAUCAAAGAGAUGACUAUCAGGCUGAUGCACCAAGAACGCCGGUUGAUCGAGGCAAUGCUUCUCCAGUGGAAUGCUUCUCUCCGCAGGCCAUGGCCGUCUUGGAAGCGAGACGCAAAGAGUUGGAUCACGAGCGCUUGACGGUUGAAGAGCUCAGACGGCAGUUGAAGCAAGACGUGCACCGUUUGCGCUCCGUUGGGAUGACCCGUGAACAGGCGCUGUUGCAAGAAGCUGGAGUUGCCCUUGAUAGUCGAGUCUCUGCUUUGAACAGGGCGCUUGCGGAACACCGUGUGAUCCACCAGACGCUGCAAGGUAGCUUGGAACAAAUCCGAAGCAAGGCCCAUGGCGACACCGGCGGCGACGCGACUCCCGUGACCGGAGUAGGUGCCACUGCAGGUCGGCACGAGCGGUAUGAGAUUCCUUUCAAGACUGAGGACCUUGGCUUGCUCCAACGAUGGCAGCGCAUCUUGGGACACGAGCUGGGCGAGCCCUCCAGGCGUACGAAAUCACCACAUUCCAGAGCGAGAGGAGCCCGAUCCAACUCGCCACUCAGCAGUCGGCGCAGUCGCAGCUACCGCGAGGCAGUUGAUCAUCAUUUGAAUUGGCUGCAGAACUUCUCGCGCCAGGCCGGUCCGCUGACUGCCCGGAAUUAUUCAGGUUGGUAA